AUGAGAGCAAGGCAGCUGCUGUGUGGAAUCUGGAGUCUGUGUUUCAUGUUCUGCCUUUUCUGCAUCUUUCUUCACCAAACGACAGCUAAAAGAAAACUGAAGUUUGUGUCCAUAGUGUUUCGCCAUGGAGAUCACACCCCACAGGAGCUUUUCCCAGCAGCCAAGCACAAGGCAGCUGCAUGGCAGCAGGGGUAUGGACAGCUCACCAAGCUGGGCACACAGCAGCAGUACGAGCUCGGGCAGUACCUGCGGAGGAGAUACUCCUUCUUCCUGAGUGCUGUGUACAGGCAGUGGGAGAUCUAUGUUCAAAGCACUGACUGUGAUCACACACUGAUGAGUGCUCAGGCAACUCUUGCUGGGCUGUACCCACCAACACAGGGCCAGAUCUGGAACCCCAGAGUCCUCUGGCAGCCAAUUCCAGUGCACACCGUGCCACUGGCACAUGACAAUUUGCUAUACUUGCCUUUCUCACACUGCCCAAAAUACAAGGAGCUUCUGAGAGAAACCUUUGCAACACGGGAUUUCCAGAGGCAACUCAAGCAGUACAGGCCAUUUCUGAAGUUUUUGGCAGCUCACACAGGAUACCCACUGAAGAAGCUGAACAGUGAAAGAAUCUGGAAGCUCUCUGACACCUUACAGUAUGAGGACAUGAACAAUUCCACUUUACCUGCUUGGGCUACUCGUGGUGUCAGGACCAAGCUGAUGAAGCUCUCAGAGCUGUUACUGCAGGCGGAAUUCGGGCUCCACAAACAGACACAGAAAUCCCGUUUGCAGGGAGGUAUUCUUUUAAAAACCAUUCUAAAGCACAUCUCAGAUGCUAGGAAGCCUUCCCACCAGAAAAAAAUGGUUAUGUAUUCCGCGCACGCAGCCACCCUGGCUGCCCUGCAGAUGGCUCUCAGUGUCUCCAACGGGAAAGUGCCUCCUUACAGUGCCUGCCACUUUUUUGAACUUUACCAGGAAAAAAACGGGCAACACACGAUAGAAAUGUACUACAGGAACAAUUCUCUGAGAGACCCUCACCCCCUCACCCUCCCUGGCUGCAGAUUUCGCUGCCCGCUGGAGAGAUUCACUCAGCUGCUCUCCCCUGUCCUCGUGCACCACUGGACAAGAGAAUGUAGGAUGUAG